AUAAAGAAGCUGAAGGAAAAGAGGGAGAGGAGUUUCUCUUUCCGUCCUCGUUUCCUUUCCUUCACGUCCUCCUCCUCUCACACCCCCUCCUCAUGUCUAUUCUGUUUUAAUGGCGAUGAAGAAGCCAUUGAAUUCCUCAAGAGAGCUUCCCUUCUGCAUUAAUACCACUCACUUCUCCAAAUCCUCCCCUGCAAUUCCCUGCCUUUGGUGUACUUGUUCAUAGAGAUUAGGUUACAAAUACUGAAUGAAGCAUUCAAGGAUAGUUCUUUAAACUUGGUGAAAGGCUAAUUAGAUAGAGGAAAUACAGAAUUUUGUAGAGAGCUAAUAAAAUCGGUCAAGAAGAAGAUGUCCUCCGGAAGCAAGGCCGACAGCAAGGCCACUAUCGAUGUGGCUGCAUGGAUGUUCAAUGUGGUCACCUCUGUCGGAAUAAUCCUCGUCAAUAAAGCCCUCAUGGCCACUUACGGCUUUACUUUCGCAACGACAUUGACGGGUCUGCACUUUGCUACCACAACAUUGUUAACUAUCGUUUUUCGAUGGAUGGGAUAUAUUCAGUCAUCUCACUUGCCACUUGAUGAGCUCUUCAAAUUUGUUUUGUUUGCAAACUUCUCUAUUGUUGGAAUGAAUGUCAGCUUGAUGUGGAACUCUGUUGGAUUUUACCAGAUUGCAAAGCUAAGUAUGAUCCCAGUGUCUUGUUUUCUGGAAGUUGUAUUGGACAAAGUGAGAUAUUCAAGGGAUACAAAGCUCAGCAUAGGGCUCGUUCUCCUUGGAGUUGGAGUCUGCACAGUCACUGAUGUAAGCGUCAACUUCAAGGGUUUCCUAGCCGCCUUUAUCGCAGUUUGGAGCACUGCUCUGCAGCAAUACUACGUACAUUAUCUACAGAGGAAGUACUCUAUGGGAUCAUUCAACUUGCUAGGGCACACAGCUCCUGUACAGGCGACCUCUCUUCUCAUAGUUGGCCCAUUUCUCGACUAUUGGUUGACUGAUCAGAGAGUCGAUGCCUAUCACUAUACUUUGAUCUCUGUGGCAUUCAUUCUCCUCUCCUGCACAAUCGCUGUUGGGACGAACCUGAGCCAAUUCAUAUGCAUUGGACGGUUCACCGCAGUCUCAUUCCAGGUGAUCGGUCACAUGAAAACAAUCCUUGUCCUGAUCCUGGGAUUCCUCUUCUUCGGCAAGGAAGGUCUCAACCUCCAGGUCGUCCUAGGGAUGUUGGUAGCCGUAGCAGGAAUGGUCUGGUACGGGAAUGCCUCCUCCAAGCCUGGGGGAAAAGAGCGCCUCAGCUACUCUCCUACUUCCAAAUUAGGAGAGAAACACGACGGGUUGUUAGAAUCAACUGAUUCCGAAGAAAAGGUCUAGAAUUUGAAAACUGCAAAAGGAAAAGAAAACUUAGAAAUAAGAGAAUAAUUAUUUACACUCACUGCAUACGGCUUUUCUUUUUUACAUAAUCCUCGAGUCAUCGUACCUUUACUGAUCUUUUCUUUGUUUAAAUUUUAUUCGGGGGAGCGGGAGGACGAGUCCUUUGGAAGCCCCCCAUGUAAAAGAGGCCCGUAAUUCUACAGUAAUUUAUUCAGAAUGUCGGAAUUACACUGUUAUGCCUUCACUUUU